AUGGCUGAGCACUUGAGUGAAGAACGGGUGACUAGUCAUGAAGAGAAUGAGAUGUCCUGGACAAGUGAUGACUCUGAAGGAGGGUCUGAGCCUCAGGGGGAAGAAAUAGAAGAAGAGGGAGCAAUUGUGCCACUUGAGCAGCCGGCACAAGAUGAUGCUACUAGGGCCCCAAAUAAUGAACCUCAUCCCUCCAUGGAGAAGCCAAGUCAAGAGUCAUCUUCCCAGGUCAGCAUUGAUCCUACUCCCUCUCCCCGCUUCAAUGCUGAGCCUUUGAAUAUGGUGGUGCCUGAGACAAAUCCUGACAGUGAAGAAGACGCAAAUGAUUUGGUGUAUGCUAGCUUUAUCAGGGCUAGGACUAAGCCAGUGGUAACUUCAGAGCCACCUCCUAAGCGACCUACUACACGGUUGCAGCAAAAGGAGGCUCUAGAGUUUUCCCUCAACAAGAGAGAGGAUGUUCCUGAAGUGGAUGUGGAUGAGGAAACCAAAGAGGAACCUAGUUCCCUGUCCCGUAAGUCUUCCAGGAAGAAGCACUCUCUCUCUCAAUCCAAAAAUCACACCUCUAAGGGUGCUGAGAGUUCUUCCAAGAGUGUUGUUGCUGGUUCUAGUAAAAAGUUGGCAAAAAGUUAUGGUGACAAGACAGUGAAGGAGCGUGGUGACAAGUCUGAUGAGGAAAAAGUGGAGAAAUCUGGUGAACAUAGACAGAGCUAG